UAAGUAAAGAGAGGAAGACCUGUCUCUUGGUUACAAGAACCGUAAACAACCGGACUUACGGGUGGGUGUUUAUUUUAUCUGAGGUUGUUAAGGUUUUGUCCUAUUUCCGCUCCCAGCGGUGCCGUGCUUCAGACACCAUGGCAAGCCAGCGCCCUUCGUCAAGUAUCGGUCGUCCAAUGAGCCGAAGCGGAUCCGGAAGACCCCCGACUGCAGUUCGACCGCCUCCUACAGCCAUACGCGUUGCAACUGGGAUGGUUCCAGGUACCAGCGGUCAUCCUGGUAUGAGGGUUGGAAUCCCAAUUGCCACGCCUGGAGUCCUGUCGGCACAGAUCCGAGUGACAGACAGGCCUGUAACCCAACAAGGGCUCAGCGGAAUGAAGACUGGAAUGAAAGGACCCCAGAGGCAGAUACUGGAUAAGUCCUACUAUUUAGGGCUUCUCAGGAGUAAGAUCACUGAGUUGACUACAGAGACCAGUAAAAUGCACAAAGAGAUUGAUAACUACAAUCAGGAGAACUCAGUCUAUCUCUCCUAUGAAAAGAGAGCUGAAGGAAUGGCUGCAGAGAUCAAAGAUUUACAAGGCCAGCUUGCUGACUACAACAUGCUGGUGGAUAAGCUCAACACAAACACUGAGAUGGAGGAAAUGAUCAACGACUACAACAUUCUGAAAGCUCAGAACAACAGAGAAGCAGAGAGCAUCGACCGUAUCUUCACAGAGAGAAGGGAGAGAGAGGAGGCGGUCAGGGCCAUCGAGGAGGAGAUCAGGAGAGAAAGGCAGGUCGCUGACGAGGUUGUCCAAUCAAUGCCAGCUGCAAAGCAAGAGAAGUAUUUUACCAUGGCCUCGACCAAUGAGGAAAUGCUGCAGGAACUCUCUGCUCUUCAGGAGGAGCUAGAUGUUCUGAUGACCAAGAAGGAGGACUAUGAAGCAGAGCUGGCUCACUCCCAGCUGAAACAGGAAGUGGUUCGUCUCUACGAGACUCUGUCAACACAGGAGGCGAAGCGCGACGCCAUGGAGGCGGAGCAAAAGAACCUGGGCUCACCGCAGGAGGAGAGGGAGAAAUUAUUCAAACAGGUAAAAGAAGACAAUCAGGAAAUUGCAAAUCUGGAUAAACAGCUGACGGAGAUCAGGGACAGGACCCAACAAAUCACAGAUCAGAUCCAGCAGCUGGAGCAGGACUCGGAGGAAGCUCAGGGGGAGUGUCAACAAAAAUACAAGGAGUUAAAAAAGAAGGAGGAAGAAAUCGACCGAUUUUUGGAGUCAUUCGAGGAGACUAGUGCUCAGCUGCAGGAGAAAAUGACACACAGUCAGGAGGAUAUUGUUUCCCUCCUGGAACACAGCAGCAGGAGCAUGUUAAGACUACGCCACGUGGACACGGUCACUGCCAGCGAACUGAAGAACAUGCAGGAGAUGCUGGUCAGCAAGGAAACGGAAGUGGUCCAAUCAGAGAGCACGGCCAAGGGACUGACAACAGAGUCGCAGCGUUUGCAGCAGGACCUGGAGAAGGUGCAGCAGCUGGAGGGCAAGAUCACGGGAGAGCUGAGCAGCCUGAAGGAGCGCAUCGGCACCAUGGAGUCUGAGCUGCGCAGCUAUAGAGACCUGGACUCUCUGAAAUUCUCAGCAGAGGAGAAGAAGAAGCGGCUGCAGAUGGAGCGCGUGUCCCUGACAACGCGCAGAGAUUCAUUCAAACAGUUGUUGGAUGAGAUGAAGCAGAAGAACGAAGGCCUGAAGAGCAAACUGCAGGAAAACGAGACCCACGCUCAGCUGGCGAACCUGGAGAGAAAGUGGCAGCACAUGGAGCAGAACAACUUUGUCAUGAAAGAGGUCAUCGCUUCUAAAUCCCAGGAGAGCGACUUCGCAUCAGUGGCCAAGAAUGUCUCCAAACAAGUGUCUGAAUACAACAGAUGUCUCAUAGCCUCGCUGCAGAACAACAGAGCGUAGAGCAGCACUGAUGGACAUGGUACUUGUUUGUCACUUCUGGCUGUAGUCUUUGUUUCUCCCUGGAAAGUAUUUCAAUAUAUAUGUAUAAAUAUACAUAAAUAUAAAUAUAUAUAUAUAAAUAAAUCUAAAUACACAUAAAUACACAUAUAUAAAUAUACUUAACGAGCAAACAUAUAUAUAUAUAUACACAUAUAUGUGUAUGUAUGUGUAUAUAUUUAUAUAUAUUUAUGUAUAUAUAAAUAUACUGUAUAUAAAUAUUUUGUAUAUGUAUAUAGUGUUCCCUCUCUACAUUGCGGUUCUGCUUGCGUUCCCUCAGUACAUCGCAGAAUUUUUUUUUUUAAAUCUGAGCUCACGAAAUUUUCGGUAUAAUGCCAAAUAUAGCCAAAAUAAACUAAAAAAAACAUA